AUGGAAAAGUCGGGGACCCUGCGGGCGCGCCUGCAGGGGCGCAGCGCGGGCAAACACGCAGCGCACAGGUCUGUGGCGAUCACAAAUCGCAAGGCCUGGGUUGCCGUGGCAGCGGUGGCGGCGGUGGCAGAAGCCGGUCUGGCCUGCCGGCGGGCGCGGAAAAGUCCCACAGUCGAGCUCCGCGAGGACCUUGCCGCGGCAGGCGGGUUUGACGUCUCCGCUGUCUAUCCCAACCAGAAGAAGUUCAGCGCCUUCAGGGAGGCCCCGUGCUCCAGGGUUUACUCUGUGGACGUGUCCCACAUAGGACCUGGGACCUAUGGCUACAAGGAGACCUGCUUCAGCAUCAAGAAGUUGAAGAAGGAGGUGGGCACAGGCUGUGCCAAGGCCCAGGAAGCCACCCGGCUGACACAGCUGCCCCACUUCCAGUACCAGGCCAUGCUGAAAGAGAAGCGGCAGCAGAAGGAAGAGCUGGGGCCUGGCUCCUACAACCCCAACGACUUCUUAGAAGAGUUGUAGGAGAAACGGGACAGCACCCGGGGGCUGCUCAGCUCCGGAGAGUUUCGCUUCCGAGGACUCGUUGGGAGCUACUGUCCAGGCCCUGGAAACCAUGGGGAGAAGGGCAACCCAUACACGAAGCUGGAGGACAGUGCCUGGGGCUGGUCUCAUUCCAAGGGCCUUAUGUGCAGGAUGACAAACAAACCGCCCCCCUUGGCUCAUCAGGGGAGCAGUCUGGCACUGGGCACCUACACUUUCAAAAGUGGCAUCGAGGCGUACCUGGCACGAUCCAUGGGCACCCGUGGCCUCUAUGACACUUUCUCUGGUGACCAAAGCAAGCUUCAGCCUUAUGGACAUUACUCUGUGGAGAAAAAACGGCCCAGGGAACUGAUGAAUUUCAAGAGCUUCGUGGAAGAACUUAACUCAUGUCACAAUAAGAAGCGUGGAGUUUUUUCAAAAGUUCCCCGCAACCCGGAAGCCCCUCCAGAAAGAAUUUAUUGGGCCACACUUAGCCAGUGUCCCCCAAAACUAGCCAUGUCUGGUCCCCAUACGUGGCUUCCUCCAGAGAAGGAAUGCAAACACAUCAACCAACCACCGUUCCUGCUGUCUCCCAAGCGGAUAGGCAUAAAGGCCUCCCCGAUGAUUCUGGGAACCUGGAACCCGGUGGUUGUGGGUCACUACCUCAACACCCAGCUGAUGGAGACAAAGGACCAUCGGCGAUACCGGUCCCUGUUCAUGGGUGGAUCCAAGCACUACCUCUCGGACCCAGUCCAGGACAGGCUCAUGCAGGAAAGAAUCACACCUUUUACUAGGGGGAAGUGCCCUCCAACUGUGGAUUACAAUUCAGAUCCUAUUCCUUAA